UGAAGUCCGGCCGCGGGUGGGAGCCCCAACUGUCCGAAGGUCGCGCUGGUCCCUACAGAGCCGUUGGGGAGGAUGUUGUCCAGGUGAAGAGCCGGGGCGCUGAGAAACUUCAUGAGUCCUUCGGGUAAAAGCGGGAGUGGGGGCGGCCGGAGGGCAGAUGACUGAGUCGGUGCGGAUCUUCGGUCCUAAGGCGAGAACGUGUCUUGGGUUUUGUCGGAAGUGCUGAUUGCGGGCCUCAUAAAAAAGUUUUACCCUGAACUGACUUUCUGGGAUUUCCUUGACCCUGCAUUAACUGGCUCCGUGACAAAACGAAACUGGGAGGAAGGAAGCGAGGAUUGGCCUGCUGUGAUCUUAGCGGAAAAAUAUCCGUAAUUAGACCCGGGAGGGCGUGCCUGAGAGCGAUUGCUGUCCGCGGUGCUGAAGAAAAAGACUGCCACGCCUCGAGGAGGAAACCUGAUGAGGGCAGGCGGCGUUUCCGUUUCUCCUGGCUGAGCUCAGCACCCAACACUCAGUAGGGCAAGCACCUCCAGCUUUUGCCCCACAGAUGAUUUGCCUCCAGGCGGGGGCCUUCAGAGCAUUUCACUAGACCUCUGUCUGUCUCGGCCCGGUCUCUUUAGCUAAGCAGAAAGCAUAUAACGCAACUUUGAUUAAAGAUGACUUCCUUGUUUGUUCAAGAAAUUCGUCUUUCUAAAAGACAUGAAGAAAUAGUAUCACAAAGAUUAAUGUUACUUCAACAAAUGGAGAAUAAAUUUGGAAAUCAAAACACAGAAAAGGCGUCUCAGCUGCAAGCAGCUGAGACUGCUUUUAAAAGGAACCUUAGUCUUUUAAAGGAUAUAGAAGAAGCAGAACAAUCUCUACAGUCCAGGAUUCACCGACUUCCACGGCCUGAGGUGGUUUCUCUUGAGACUCGUUACUGGGCAUCAGUAGAAGAAUAUAUUCCCAAAUGGGAACAGUUUCUUUUAGGAAGAGCACCAUAUCCUAUUGGUGUUGAAAAUCAAAAUGAAGCAGAAAAUACCAUUCAAAGGGAGGCACAGUGAUAACUUCUUCACAUGUAUUUCAAAAACCCUGCUUAAUAAAGCUGAAUAUUAAAGAGUAUGUAGGUAACUGCAGGAACUCUAGGAGUUGAAUGUGUUCAUAUUUUUUUUUACCUUCUAAAUAACAAUGAAGAUAUAAGAAUUUACUGGAAAGUCUCAUGUUAUCAAGUCAUGAAUUUGCUUUCUACCAAACCCAUGGACAUGUUAAAAACUAGUAUUAGAAGGUGAAAUCCUUAUUAA